UGUUAAUUGGAAAGAAAGAUUAUAUUUUAAACAAAGUCUUGUAUUUUUAAUAUCUUGAUAUUUUAUCACAAAAAUAAUCAUCUCAACUGAAUAAUUUCAAUUGUUCUCUAAUCAAGGAAUAACUAUUAAAUCGUCCACGUCUCAAAAUAUCAAUUUGAAUGCUUAAUAUCUCUUUAUUCGUUUUGGACGAACGAAAACGAGCAUAAUAUAAACGAUAUAGACUAAACUGGUCGUCACAGAGCUUUGUAAUCACAACAAAGCGUUACUAUGGACACCUCGUCUCGUGAUAGUCUUGAACAACAAUCUGCCUUGUAACGACCAGUGACCAGCUGCGAAGUUAAACUAUUAAGCACGUUCAAAGGAAUUUCAUACUAUAGCCAAUUUCACAUCGUACAGAUAAUUUAAAAGAAAAAUGUAUAAGUCUCGUAUGUUUGAAAUUAAUCGCAAGAUGAUUGCGAAUCGACAGGAGGACAACUGAAUGAUCGAUGCAUGCGCGUCAUAAAAAUGACACGCGGAAGUCAAGCUUCUCGUGAACGAAGAUCUACAGCUAUCAGUGAACGGCUUCAACAAAAUGACAGCGAGGAUGAAGCUUCCGUUCACGCUGUGAAGAACGACAGUUACGUGAAACACGGUAGAACGCCAUCGCACAAACAAUGGACCAGUUCGGAAGAUUCAAGCCGACUUUACGAUCCAGAAAUCAAAACGAAUUUCCCUCGGAGACAAGAUAGCAUUGAAGACACGGAGACCGAGUCACCGGGUACCAAGAGCAAUGAUAAGCUACACAAAACUGAGUUACACUCGACUCGCAGAAAAGCACGUUAUACCGACCUUCACGCUAGCGAGGAAAGAAUCACGUCGGGAUCCCUCGGGAGAAGAAGGAAACGCAGUAAACGGACUGAAAGACGAAAAUCGGGGGCACGGUCUCGCACGGCGGAUCAUGAUCACGAUCGAACAGAUACCGGAUCUUCUGCGAAACGCUACAGCGACAGGGAGGAUAGCUUCGCUGAUAAAUCGCGAAAAAGAAGAAGAAACGUUUCCCGAGCGGACGACGAGAUGCCCAUCACCGAGAUCUUGAAGAAGGCUCAAGAAGACGCGCGCACAAAAUACGAGGAACCUGUGCCUCUUCCGGAACUGACUACGGACACAAUUUAUAUUCAAGGCAGAAGCGGCUUUAGCGCCGUGAAAAUUGGCGGAUCGAAACGUGCUUUGGGAAAUGAUACGAUGCGCGCGACAAAAGGAGAAAGCCACGAUUCCGCAGAGACUCGAACGUACACGCUUAUAAAGGUGGCAAUCACUGCGCAAAAAUUUUGGAAAUGCACAGGUCUCGUUUAUCAAGGUCUCUUGGGCGGGAUGGCGCUUCUGCAUUUCACAAUGAUUCAUGUCUUUUUUAAUACCUCGAUGGAAUUCAUGUCGAACUACUCGGUUUUCUCCGAAAUAUACGAAAAUAUGUUCUCCUUCCUAAUCGCUCUCUGCGUCAUCUCCAUCUUCGAUAAAUUUGAUCUGGCGCGGCUUGAUAUGGAUCAUUUACGCGAGAUUUAUACGGAUCAUGCGAAAACAGCGAUCGCCAUUCCGCUCUAUCUUGUAACGUUCGGACUUCACCAAGCAUCGUUAAAGAUGAACGAUCAAAUAGCUUUAGCGCAUUAUUAUAGUAUCAACAAAACAUGGUCAAACAAUACCUCGCAAGAGACUUUUCUCGAAGAGCUAAACGGCUGGCAGAAAAUAACGAUAUCGAAGGAUCUUCUCGCGGUUUUCGCUUGGCUGUUUGUCGCUCUUGGAACGCGAGAUAACAUGCUAUUGACGCAUCUCGAAUCGAUGGUGCAAUAUGCGAGCAAUGCGGAAUCCCCAAGAUGACAUUCGCAGAACGACUUUCCCUAUCGAACGAAAUAAACGUGUAUAAAAAAAAGUUCUUCCAUGUAAUCACACAGACUGAAUAUUAUAAGGUACUAAAAACAGGAAUAUUUUGGAGAAACAUUAUAUUCACUUUUUUUACGUACUUACCAAGUUACGAUCUUGAUAUUUCGGGAAUAAAACGGUAUUAAAUCUUCUGUUCACGAUGCUAGAAAUCUCGGACAGAGAGAAUUGAUAAUCAAUCGCAUUUGAACAAUUCGACCAACUAAUUAAUGUGAUUGGUCAAUUCUCUCUCUGUCUGCUAUCACGGAUCGAUUUCUAGUAUCGUGGACACAAGGCUUUCGAAAUGUACGAAUUAAGGUUUCUUGACGUAGAUUUGAAUUUCAUUUUCUUGUUUGAAUUCGAAUUGAACUGAAUCGAUAAAAUUUUACUCGAAUCAAAUCGAAUCGAAUUAUUUAAAUACUUUUAAUUCACUUUUAAUUAGCGACAUAACUAUUGUUGAGUAGAUUUUUGAUAUGGAUAAUUAUUAUUUAAAAAAAAUUUCUGUAAGAUAUACGAUAAUAUUCUAUGUAAAAUAUAAUAUUGAUUAUAUGUAUAAUAAAAAAUAUUUUAAUAUAUUGUAAUUUUAUAUGAUUGUCAAUACAUGUGAUUCGUAUUCGACCUCUCAGAAUCUAUUUUCGAAAAAUACAACAUUCGAAUUUUAUCAGAUUUGAUUCGAUAUAAUCGAAUAUUUCGUACAUUUUAGUCGAUAUUUUUAGGGGCCAAUGCUUCCAAAAGGGGAGGAAAUACGAUUUAAACAUUUAUUUGUAACAGAAUAGCGUUUGAUAUGUACAAUAUGUAUAAAGUUCGCCUAGACACUAGUCGAUAAUAUAUGUAUACAUAAUAGCAAAGGGAGGACAAUAAUAUUUAGAUUAAAAUAACAUAUGACGCGAUGGUACAGUAGUAAAAUAUGUUUGGACUUUUUUGAGCGCGAGAACAUCGAUGAAAUCCGCAAUUGCAAGACUUCAAGGAUCGGUCGAUGACGAUCGGCCGUCGUGAUUGUGAAAUAAGUUGCCUAUCAAAAUUCGAUAACGCGUGGGACAUAAGGGAAAUGCGGAGGAUCAAUGGCCGCGUUCAGCAUAAAAAGCAGUUCAAUAAGCUUUCAUUCUUAUUAAAAGAUAUUUAGAUUGAAAUCCUGUAACAAGUGCCGGACCAAUUUUACGUGAUUAAUUAAACUGCAUUUAAUAGAAUUAUUUAAUAAAAUUAACAUUUUAUACAAACAUUUAUAAGUAAUUAUUUAAUUAUUAAUUAAACAUUUAAUAAUUAAGGUGAUAUGUAACGAUGUCUGACUAAUAAAAAUUUUAAUUUCUAUAAAA